CUACAGUGCUGAUGUAAUUUAGGCGAGGGGACCUAGAGUCAAGGGGCGAACUGGGGAACAGGCUCGGCAGUGGGCUUCUAAGCGGGUGUCUUGUAAAGACAGCACCGAUAGGGCGGGGAACGGGAGUGACGCCUUUUUCGACUUUGUAUGUGUACCCUACACAGUGUAUGUGCAGUUUGUGUAUGCAGAGGGGAAAUGAAACUAAUGUAAGCCAUAAUUUGGAAACCGUGAACCUUGGCGAUGAGAAGAAAUUGAAUUUCCAUUGGUCUCCGUGUGUCGCGCAUUCGGACUCCGACUCUGGUGAUGCCUGUGGUGUGGGGAUCGCCGUGCAUCUCAGGAAAACAGGGCGUCGGAGGAUGAUGGUAGUCAAAAGAUCAUCAUGGCAAACGGAACCGGCACUAUUAUGUUGAAAUGCGUUGUGGUUGGUGACGGUGCUGUGGGCAAAACGUGUCUGUUGAUGAGCUAUGCCAACGACGCAUUUCCAGAGGAGUACGUACCCACUGUGUUUGACCAUUAUGCAGUGAGUGUCAACGUUGGCGGGAAGCAGUAUUUAUUGGGAUUGUACGACACAGCUGGUCAGGAGGACUAUGACCGCUUGAGGCCUUUGUCGUACCCCAUGACUGAUGUCUUCCUGAUCUGCUACUCCGUGGUCAACCCAGCCAGUUUCCAGAAUGUGAGGGAAGAGUGGGUCACCGAGCUGCAGGAGUAUGCCCCCAGUGUCCCAUACCUCCUCAUAGGCACUCAGAUUGACCUUCGUGACGACCCCAAGACCAUUGCCAAACUGAAUGACAUGAAGGAGAAGCCCAUCACCACAGAGCAGGGCCAGAAGCUAGCCAAGGAGAUUGGCGCGUGUGUCUACGUGGAAUGCUCAGCUCUCACCCAGAAAGGACUGAAAACUGUGUUUGAUGAGGCCAUUAUCGCUAUCCUGACCCCCAAAAGGAAGAAGGGUGCCCUGAAGAGAAGACUGGGGCCGCGCUGUAUCAACUGCUGCCUCAUCACGUGAGAGAGAUGGGAACGUCCAAUAACACCUGGGUCAUUUUCAUUAGGGCAUGCAACAGAAAAUGUUUUAAGACAUGUCGAAACAAAAAAAGCUUUUUUUUUAUUGGACAAGAUCCCCACCCUGUUUCAGACUGUUUUUCUUCCAUUUGGUGAUGAAUACACUCCUGAAUAGAAACCAGAACGAAUGACAGAGACAGAGGUCAUAAGAAGGGGAAAACGACUGAAGGACCGAAAUGGACAAAUGAGGACCCUAUUUUUAGUUCGGGCUCUUGAGCUGUUUUGUCUCUCCUGCUGUCGACCAAUGGAGUUGGAGGGGGGGGGGGCAGCUUUACUACCAAAGGAGCACAAUACCCAGGUCAACAACGCCCUUGAGUAGGAAUUUAUUUGCCUUCAAAAGUAUGUUAUUUUUUAAAGUUUUUUUUUAAUGGUUUUCCUGUACAAAAAUAUGUAUCAAGCUGUCAGAAAACAGAGGUAUCGUUGUGUCCAUUUAACUCCUGAUAUGUCUAUUUUUAUUUGUACUGUCUGCUGUAGAAAUGAAUGAAUGGGUGCAUUGCAUUUAUUUGAAGCGCUUUCCAUCAGGCCUCCAAGUGCUUUACAUUAUGUUUUUGGUAACUAACCUUAGCCACCACCAAUGAAAUGCAUACUGUUUUAAAAAAUAUAUAUAUAAUAAUACUUUGAUCCCAUCUAGUAUGGGGAGUUUUUUAUGAUCCCAUAUUUUAGGACACAAUCUGCUUCUCUUGCUCAGCUUGCAGUGCUAAUAUUAAACAUGUUGGAUUUAUUUGUCAGUA